AGCAAAACUUCUUGAAGACUUGGUACAGCCUCCAACCAUUACUCAACAGUCUCCAAAAGAUUACAUUAUUGACCCUCGAGAGAAUAUCGUAAUCCAGUGUGAGGCCAAAGGGAAACCUCCUCCAAGCUUCUCCUGGACCCGCAAUGGGACGCAUUUUGACAUAGAUAAGGACCCUCUCGUCACCAUGAAGCCCGGCUCAGGAACCCUCACGAUCAACAUCAUGAGCGAAGGGAAAGCAGAGACCUACGAAGGGGUCUAUCAGUGCACAGCCAGGAACGAGCGCGGAGCGGCAAUUUCUAAUAAUAUUGUUGUCCGUCCUUCCAGAUCACCGCUGUGGACCAAAGAAAAACUUGAACCAAUAAUACUUCGAAAUGGCCAGUCUCUGAUCCUUCCCUGCAGACCCCCUCUUGGAUUACCACCACCUAUAAUAUUCUGGAUGGAUAAUUCCUUUCAGAGACUUCCACAAAGUGAGAGAGUUUCUCAAGGUCUUAACGGAGACCUUUACUUCUCCAAUGUUCUCCCAGAGGAUACCCGUGAGGACUAUAUCUGUUAUGCCAGAUUUAAUCACACUCAAACCAUACAGCAGAAGCAACCUAUUUCCGUGAAGGUGAUUUCAGUGGAUGAAUUGAAUGACACCAUAGCUGCUAAUUUGAAUGACACUGAGUUUUAUAGUGCAAAAUCAAAUAGAGAGAGGCCACCAACCUUUUUAACUCCAGAAGGCAAUGCCAGUCAUAAGGAAGAAUUAAGAGGGAAUGUCCUUUCGCUGGAAUGCAUUGCAGAGGGACUGCCUACCCCCAUUAUUUACUGGAUAAAAGAAGAUGGAACACUGCCCAUCAACCGGACAUUUUAUAGGAACUUCAAGAAAACUCUACAGAUCAUUCAGGUUUCAGAAGCAGACUCUGGAAAUUACCAGUGUAUAGCCAAAAACCCAUUGGGAGCUAUCCAUCAUACCAUUUCUGUUACAGUUAAAGCGGCCCCAUACUGGAUCAUGGCACCUCAAAACCUUGUGCUGUCCCCAGGAGAGGACGGGAGGCUGAUGUGCAGAGCCAGUGGCAACCCCAAGCCCAGAAUUAGCUGGUUAUUGAAUGGAGUCCCAGGAGAAAGAAUGCAUACAGAACGGCAGGAAAGGCUGGAGCGCUGUGGCAACAUGGUUUGCAGAUUUGGAGGGGCCAGCUGUAGCCGACAGCUCGUGCAAGGUGAGCCAUCGCGGCGGCUGCGCCAUUUCUACGUGCCCGCGGCGGAGAGAGACUACAACAGUUCUCAUUUCCCCCUUAAGCCAUGCCCCCUGAUGCCACUGAUUUGUUUUCCAGCAAUGGCGAGCCGGCAGGUGGAUAUUGCGACUCAGGGCUGGUUCAUUGGUCUAAUGUGUGCUGUCGCUCUCCUUAUCUUAAUUUUGCUGAUUGUUUGCUUCAUCAGAAGAAACAAGGGUGGUAAAUAUCCAGUCAAAGAGAAGGAAGAUGCUCAUGCUGAUCCUGAAAUCCAGCCUAUGAAGGAAGACGAUGGCACUUUUGGAGAAUACAGGUCUCUUGAAAGUGAUGCCGAAGACCACAAGCCUUUGAAAAAAGGCAGCCGGACACCUUCAGACAGGACAGUGAAGAAGGAAGAUAGCGAUGACAGCCUAGUUGACUAUGGAGAGGGGGUGAAUGGCCAGUUCAAUGAGGACGGCUCCUUUAUUGGACAAUACAGUGGUAAGAAAGAGAAAGAACCAGCGGAAGGAAACGAAAGCUCAGAGGCACCUUCUCCUGUCAAUGCCAUGAAUUCCUUUGUUUAAUCUGUAAACUCUCUGCCAAUAUCCCAUUUCUCUAGAAUGUUUCUCUUAAGCACUUGUUUGUCUGCCUUCUCGUACUAGGAACACAGGCAGAAAAUAUGUGUUCUGCUGUGCGUUAAUAUUAUGAGAGUGGUGCAAACAAGAACAUAACUCAGAUGAUUUGUUAAUGUGAACUGCAGUGCAAAGUACAUCCUUUUUCAUUCAAAAUAGGUAUUCUUGUUCAGAACUGAUAAAAAUAAUACAACAUCAUCAACCGAUCACGUUAUUUGCUCUUCGGGAUACAGUUCAAUACGAUGCAUGAAAAAUGCUACGUGUAAAGGAAUACCUGUGUACCUUAUUAAAACAUGGUUUGAUACUUUGUUUAUAUUCUCCUCAGCUGAACCCCCGAAAUACGAAUUCCGUUUUCAUUGUCAAGAGUGUUACUGUAGAAUUCUCUAGAACUCCAAUGUCUUUGUGGACAUUGUGGUGAAAUUGGUGACUCUAUGUCUAGCUGUCGUUAGUCUUUUUGGGAGACUGUUAGCAACAGUAUGUACAGGAUAUCCUUGCUGUAUGAGUUCAUGACGACCGUCGCAUUUGCUGAUGCUUUGCAGAGACUCUGUGACCGGCCUCUGCCCCUUAUUCCUCCAGGUAUUACUGCAGCACAGUGUUCGACUUCUCACAUCUUCUCUACGGUCAGUUGUUUUUAGGCAUAAUGUGUAUUGCAGUGCAUUGUGGCAUGAAUGCCAGACCGGAAGAAUCGAAAACGAGUCACUCCACUUCAGUUUCAAAAAUGAUUCCAGAAAGCACAGGGCAAGACACAUGCAGUGCCUUCAGAUGGGAAGCAUUCCAUAACACGCUGCCUUCGGUAGCAGUCGGCAUGGCCGACGCAGAGCCCUAGCUUCCUGGCGUGCUCCAGAAGUAACUUCUAGAAAGCAGAGGUCCUGGAAACAGCCAAUGCUGAAAGAAAGGAAAUGUGAAAAUAAAAUUAAUCAGACAGUUGAUGGUAAGGAGCAUUUCCCCGUGUGUAUAAAAAGAAAAAGGCUUAGCACCUCCUGGAGCGCAUGCUGAUUCUGUGGGUUUUGUGGUUUCUAUUCAAGCAAGCCAGUUGGGUCAGAGGGCCGUCGAUUUGGUAGGGAAUCUUUGUUAAAAAAAAAAAAAGAAAAUCUAUUCCCAAACCGGAAGCAGACAACAGCAUGCCAACAGGAAUGCUUUUCUCCAGGCCUUUACCUAGGUGGCAGCUUCUGAAACUCUCGGCAGCAUUAAACAGUGUGUAUGCAAAUUGCUGUGGACACAUUUCCGACUCUCAGAAAUCUGACGAGUGCUAACAAGGACAACAGUCAAAGGGAUUAUGUCUGCAGUUUCCAAAACAAACAUAACACAUCCUACCGUAUCCACCAACGAUAUCUAUCAAAUGGUUUACCUCCAAAUAUGAAAUCCUCUAACAACCUAUGGUUGAAGGAAUGCUCAGUUUCAUUUGCCAAUAAAUUGGUUUCUCAUAACUUGCAUCAAGUUUAAUUUUAAGUAAAGCUUUUUAUAUGUAGAUAUUUUGUUGAAUCUGUAAAUACACUGAAAGUGUAGAUGCUAUAUGCUUAGAGGUGUUACAUACGAAUAAACACGCAACCAAUGUUGACGUCGUACUGUCUAUGAAGUUAGCUCAUAAAUACAGUGCAUGGGAUUGGAAAGCAUUUCCUUAAAUACCUUUUGGGUUUUUAUUUUCCCUUUUUUGCUGUGAAACUGAAAUAGUGAGCGCUUUGACAUAUUGACAGCGAGUUUCUAGAUGGAAUCUUCAGAGCUUUGCCUGUAGGGCUCAGGAGGCUUGUUCACUCCAUUGUAGGCAGAGCCCAGUUUGAAGUCAUCCCAGGUAAAGAUGACCCUAUUUCCACGGCUCCAUAUUCCCUUUUCACAGACCAACCGUGCUAAUGGAAAUACAGAAAAACAAGACAGGCUUGCCUGGGCACCAGUGAGCACAAAGAUAAGAGUGACUAAGUUUGCCGUUGUUUGGGGGAGGGGGGGGACAGUAAAAGUACAGUUUUUACUCUUCCAUAAUGGUAGGCGCUAGAGUUAUCUGUGCAUGAAGGGGUCACCUCUGUAAUAGUGCAACAGAUUUUGUAUUAAAAAUUAAAUGUGGUUUUAAACGUCCCUCUCUCUUUUGUAAUAAGUCAUGUUCCUAGUGGAGUGUGAAUGUCCGAAGUAACGGUGUAUUUAAAAGUACAGGCAGAUAUGACUGGAUUUCCAUGAAAAAAAAAUCACUAUUAAACCAUCUUGAUCUCUUUGUGAUCUUGAA